UCUCUUUGAAUCACUUCUCACGCUCUAUAAAUAAAUACCCAUUCCCUCUCACAUUCUUUCAUCCUUUCAUUUCUUCUUCUUCAUCUUCAAUCCAAAUCCAUGGCUGCAGGCAACAACACCUCCUACGAUUGGGCCGACCAGUGGGACUACAGCGACUCCACCGACGUAGUCUCGGAUAACAAGAAGAAGACCGGCGGUGGAAAUAGUUCGGCCAAGUAUAAGCAGAAGGUCGGGGAAGGGCUUGGCAAGACCAAAUCUGUGGCUUCUAAUGGCGUCAAAAAGGUUAAAGAAGGAACCUCCCUUGGUUUCCAAUGGAUUAAAGAGAAAUAUAAUAAAACUGCUCAUAAGAAGUAGAAUAUUCAUCCAUUCUUUUUAAUUAGUUUCUCUCUCUAGAUCUCUGUAGCUGCUUUCAUUUUGAUUAUUAUCUUUGAGUUCUCUGUAUCUUUUUUCUGUUUGGUUAUACAGAUGCAUAUAUAUGUAUGUACACAAUAGAUUGUUAUUAUUCUUUUGUUAAUAUGAUUUCAUUUUAUCUCUGU